GUGACGUCGUCAGAUAGUUGGGCAGCGGUAGAGGGUGAACACACGUCGUCAUGAGGCUCGGCGUGAGCAAGUUCAAGUUGUUGUGUUGCUUUUUGUGGAGUGUGUUGAGCCUGUGUUCACCGAGGCUUGUUUCUGCAGAAGCCAGUGGUCAUGCAGGAGACGAUAGCAGACCACGAGAAAAUUCAGUGCGGUUUCUUGCGCCUCAACAUCAGUGGAACACCAAUGAGGCCUUCGAUGUGGCAGUGUCCCCAAUUGAGCAAAACCCACGCGACGAUCACGACGUUAAAUGCAUUGCAGUAGACUACGGAGUCAUCAAAGCUCCCGAUAAGAAAAGCAAAAUUUAUCGGCGAACGAAGAGGAAAGUUAUUUCGCGAGGCGGGUAUUACUUACUUUCGAGUAAAUCAGGUGGAUCCCCGUGGUUGAACCCCAGCUCAGGGGGCUCGGGGACAUUCCAGCGAAAUUCCCGAGGUGCAUGGAGCGGCCGUGGUGGCAUGGGACGCGGGUACGGCGAUCGUAACCGUGGACGUCAAGGUGGCCGUCGAGGAGGGGGCGACGACGAAGGCCGUGGGAGAAACGGUCGUAAAAAAAUCACCCAAAAUCUCAAGAUGGAGAUCGGCCAAUACGCGCAGCAGAAGGGGGUAAAGGCGGCCGCUGAGCAAUACGAAGGACGCGUAGGCAGGAAAUUGAAGGAAAGAAUUGUAGAAAAAUUUGCACGGAGGUACAGAAUACGCCAGGAACAAAGGUCCAAAAGAGGAAAAGAUGGCAAGAAGCGAUUGAAAGGCGAAAGGAAUUAAAUACUGGGUAGUGCGGUCCAGAUAUUCCUUCUGUGAAGGGUGGAAGACAGGAACAUAUUCAUGAACGAACACCACUCUUGCUGCGAAAAUUCAUGUGGCGAAUGUUUGCUGAAAAUUGGCACAAUGUUCUGCAUGGAACAAAAAAACAUAUAGUGUGUCAAAGCAUAUUCAAGUAAAUUCUAACAAUAUUAGUGCAAAAUAUCUUCAUCAAGUGCAUAUUUGGACCCACAGUUCGGGCAUUUCAGAAGAAUUGGUGAAUUAAUAGAAACUAAAAAGAAAAAAUAUCAAAUUCAACGCAUUUUUAAUUUUAUUCAAGAUUUUGUCGAAGUGUGACCGACGAAAAUACAACAUGGAUCGUUUAAGAUAGAGUAUAGACUAUUCCCGGAACAGAGAUAAUGCGGGCCGCUUCAGUAUACACUGAUGAAACAUUUUGACAUGAAAUGCCGAAUUUGUAAUUAAUGCUUCGAAUAUUAUUUGUAGGGUAAUAUUAUAAGUAAGUCUUAAUGUUCAAAUGUUUUAUGUAAAUGCUACGACUUGGCGUUGACAUGUUCCUGAAGAUCUUAUUCUAAAAUAGGUGAUAUCAACGGUUGGUAUUCAAGUUAAUCCCAGAGUGCACGUUGCAGCAGGCAACAAAUAUUUAUGACGAUGUUAUAUAACUACUUCAUUACCCUUCAAUAUAAUAAGAAGAAUCUAUGUUAGGUUGAGAAGUACAUCGUUUUCUUGAACGUUGCUGUUCCGUCAUUUCUAAAUCCGUUUUUGAAUAAAUCAUACUUUGAGAAAACAA